UAUGAAAAAUGAAAAUUGGAUUUAUCAAACGGGACGCGUAUACCCAAUGCUAUAUGAUGUGAUUUCGUAAUGACCGUGAGUUGUUUAAAAACAAGUCGAAGAGCGUGUUGGAAAGUGGCUUAUAGUUCAAGAUUCCGGAGAAUGUCAGGUUUCUACAAGGUGGGAAAAAAUAUCUUAUACACAAAUUAUUGGCUUCUAGAAGGAAGAAAUUAAUUAAUGAGGGGUGUCCAUGCCGAGUGUCAAGAAAAAUCAACUGGAUGAUCUUAAGAGCGCGAGAAGAAAAUUUUCAGGACCAGUUGUGUGGAAUACAACGAAAGUUAUUAUAUAGUCGAGGCUGCAAAAGUGACACGUUUGUGCUUGAAAAUGUCAUCAAAUACGUGUACCAUGAUAAUGUCAGGACUGAUUCUAUUGGUAUUAGCAAUAGUAUCGUUUAGGGAAGUGCAAGGCCACGUUGCCUUGACUUUUCCACGAGCCAGGAAGUAUGACUUGGAUUUUUUGGACAAUGCUAGAACACCUGGCCCAUGUGGAAUGCCUCGUGGUGAUAUUAAAACUACUUUAUUAUCUGGGAGUAACUUCAACGUCACAUGGCAUCUAGCUUAUCCUCAUCGAGGUGGAUUUCGACUGCAAAUCUUGGAUGCUCUCGAUAGACCAUUAAUUGAUUUAACUCCUGUGACAAAAAAUAGUGAAUUCGUUGAAGAUGAUGCUACGGCACAGAGUUAUGCCGUGCAAUUACCUCAAAAUUUCACGUGUACAGAUUGCACAAUUCGGCUUCUUCGAGAAGCUGAGGAAUGGGGUUCGAGUUACAGAUUUUGGUCUUGUGCAGAUAUUGAUAUCAUUGACAGAAAGACAUACAGAGAAGAUUGCAGCGGUCAUGGUCGAUAUCUAUUAGGUCGAUGUAGAUGUGAUAGACUAUAUCACGGCACAAGGUGUGAAUUUAAGGAGGAAUGUCUGGACGAUUCAGAUUGCGGUAUUCAGGGCACGUGCAUUAACAAUGGCGGCACAACCGCGCCCACCAAGCAUUGCUACUGCAACAUCGGUUGGUUCGGGCCGGGUUGUGCAAAAAGAUCUCCAAUUAAAACCAUAGAUGUAGAAUUGGAUAUUUAUACUAUGAAGAAGUUUUCUGACAAUUUUACGUUUUAUUGGCGUAUAUUAAAAGAAAGCAAAGAACUUGAAGGCAUUAUGGUAGUAAAUAGUACAAAUUGGGUCGGUAUUGGAUGGCGACCAAGUAAUUUGAUGCCAAUUUGUCGUUCUUUUCCUAAUAUUCAAGAACAUCCAAAAGCUGAACCGCUUCCACAGCCAGAACCAAAAGCAGAACCAGAACCAAAAACUGAAUCCAAACGAGAACCUGAAUCAGAACCUAAAUCUGAACCUAAACCUGAACCUGAACCUGAACCUGAACCUGAACCUGAACCUGAACCUGAACCUGAACCUGAACCUGAAUCUGGAACUGAAAGAUCUGGUACUAGAAGAAGAUCAGCUAAAGUUCAUGAUAUUGCUUCUUUGGCUUCAACUCUUCAACCUGAUACCGAUGUCACAGUGCAAACUAGUGUGACAUAUCGUGUCAGUACGAAGCAAGGACGCAAGAAAAGAUCACCAGAAUCUACAGGAAUUUCUGCAAACGGGGAACUCGUCGCCGAGCCGAGCACUGUUGACAACACGAACAUUACGUCUGAACUUAUAUCAGAACCAGAACCUAAAUCUGAGCCUGAACCCAGCCCAGAAUUAGAGCCGAAAUUCAAAUUGAAAUCAACUUCAGUGCCUCAAUCAACAUUUGAACCAGAAUUCAAAUCUGAAUUAGAAUCCAAUUCUGAACCUGAACCAGAACCCAGCUCUGAACCUGAACCAGAACCCAGCUCUGAAUCUGAACCAGAACCUAGCUCUGAACCUGAACCAGAACCCAGCUCUGCCGAACCAGAACCCAGCUCUGAGCCCGAACCAGAACCCAGCUCUGAGCCCGAACCCGAACCCAAUCCUGAACCCGAAGCCGAACCUGAACCCAAUCCUGAACCCGAACCUGAACCCAAUCCUGAACCCGAACCGAACCCAAAUGAACCAGAACCGGAGCCGAAAUCUGAACCAGAACCGAAGUCUGAACCGGAACCCAGUUCCGAACCAGAGCCAAGGUCUGAACAGGAACCUAAGUCAGAACCGGAACCAAGUUCUGAACCGACUUCGGAACCGAUUUCGAGUCUCAAAUCGAGCGCAACGAAAGCUAUCCUACCUGAAACGCACAAGUAUACGCCAAAACAUGAUUUCAACCCUAUGGACUGCACCGACAUUAUAAUAGGAUCUGCACGAGGUAAUAGUCACAGGAUUGGUGACUAUUAUACUAGAGAUAGAUCUACACCAAGAAAAGAUGAAUAUUGGGGUGGAAGAGAUACAUUAACUGCUGCAAUGGGCUUUGAACGCAAUGGCGUUACAACGAUACUUUUUAGAAGAAAAUUGGCAACAAAUGAACCAACUGACUAUGAAAUUAUUGAUGGUAAUAUGCAAGUGAUAUGGGCUAAGGGACAAGAACCUGGAAAAUAUAUUCAUCAUCCACCGAGUGGCAUUGAAAAAGCCAAAAUUAGUGUGAAAGACUUUUACAAGGCUGACGAACUUAAAUAUCAUGGACAUGGAGAACAAAGAGGAACGGUGACGCUUAAUUUUUUUGACGAAAAGAAGAAACAAGAAAUGAUAAAUGAAGGUGGUGUACCAAUGCCAAUUUCAAAUUGCAACGGUGAGUGGCAUUAUCCGAGACAUUGUUCACCUAUAAAUGGUACUUGUGAAUACUCCAUUCAAUGGACAUACAAAGAACGAAAGGAUCAAUUAUCAUUUGUUAUUUCCACAACUAAUACAAAUGUUUGGACUGGUGUUGGAUUCUCUGAUGAUGAUAAAAUGUCACAAACAGACGCAAUAUUGGGUUUUGAUGAAAAGUCGGGUCGAGCUUUUCUCAUGGAUACUUGGAUCAGCGGAUAUAAUGCUCCGUUGCUCGAUCCAUCUCAAGAUAUUUAUAACACGGGCGGUAGUAAAGUGGAUGGUGUAACGACACUCAAAUUCUCAAGGAAACGAAUAACAAAGGACAAUAGAGAUCUUUCUUUCACAGAUGAUCACUGCUUAUAUAUGAUGUACCCAGUCAAGGGUGGUAUUUUCAAUGCUGUCAGCAAGAAAAUACGUAAACAUGACGCCGUGCCUAUUGUCUCUGCUGAAAGGAUAUGCAUAAAAUCUUGUGGUCUUGAAGAACUUGAAGAUCUUACGACACCAGCACCUCCAAGGUUAUAUUAUGAUGUGGAAGUAAAACUUGUAAAUUUGGGUGAUGGUUUUACGGCGCCUAUUCCGGGUAGUUCAGAUUUUGAAGUUAUUUCAAAUACGAUAUCUGAUAGUUUUGGUCCAGUUCUUAACAAAUUACCAGGCUAUUAUCAAAUUCGUCUUGUUGAGUUACAGAAGGAUGAUGAGCAAAAUGGUAUUAUUGCACAUAUGGAUUUAAUCUUAGAUAAAAAUGAAAUCAAAGGUAGAUCGUUGAAACCUAUAGAUACAAGCGCAGCUGCAGAAAAAGCAUUAAAAGAAGCUCUCAUUACUGGAAAAGUCGGUGCAUUAAGUGUAGAUCCACAAUAUUUGUUUAUUAGAGCUCCUCGAGUAAAUGAUAUAGGUGGAGGAGAUGCGAAUGAAGAAUCGUCAAUCACAUCGAAUCUAUUUCUCGAUUCGACAAAACUAUAUAUCAUUAUCGGAUGUGUUGCUGCCUUGCUUGCUCUUGUUCUACUGCAAGCAAGCUGUACUCUUUAUAGGUCGUCGAGAAAGCGAGCAACGAAGGAUCGUUUGAUCGCCAAUAACGCUUGGAAGGACUACGCCUCAGGUGCGAACACAAAUUUUGCUUUCGAGGCGUUUGAGACAGAAGAAAAGGCUCCACCACUGCCAGUUUCCAGUUUACCUCGUCAUAGAGAAAUGACUGGAAACGGAAUUGGCACAGAUACCGUAGAAGGCCCUAAUAGGAUAGUAGGGCCACGAGCAACAUAUAGCUUACCACGUGCACCAGGUUCGAGGCACACAGCACCCAUUCAACCUGGUUAUUAUACACAAGAUCGCAGGGAUCAUUAUCAACGAUCGAAGAAUAACAUGCACAAUUUGACAAGCAGUGGUGUAUCCACUCAACCGAAUCAGCCUGAUUUUUAUUUCAUGCCCAGUCAACGUAAAUACAGUGGUGAAGUUGUACGUGUGUACGUGGAUUAUGGAAGUCAGGCGCCUAAAUAAUCGAAGAAAGCAUAUUAGAAUUUA